AUGGGAGUAUGGGAGGAGGGAGAGGAGGGAGAGGAGGGAGAGGAGGGAGAGGAGGGAGAGGAGGGAGAGGAGGGAGAGGAGGGAGAGGAGGGAGAGGAGGGAGAGGAGGGAGAGGAGGGAGAGGAGGGAGAGGAGGGAGAGGAGGGAGAGGAGGGAGAGGAGGGAGAGGAGGGAGAGGAGGGAGAGGAGGGAGAGGAGGGAGAGGAGGGAGGAGGAGAGGAGGGAGAGGAGGGAGAGGAGGGAGAGGAGGGAGAGGAGGGAGAGGAGGGAGAGGAGGGAGGAGGAGAGGAGGAGAGGAGGGAGAGGAGGAGAGGAGGAAGAGGAGGAAGAGGAGGGAGAGAGCGAGAUGCCAGAGUGGAGAUGAGCAUGGUGACAUGGUGCAGGACGAGGGGACGCUUAUGGCACAGCUGGCAUGGUCAGUCGCAGGGCCCGAGAAGCAGUACAGCUGCGGUGAGAGCAAGAUGCAACAUGGAAUGCUGA